AUGACAAUAUAUCAAUUUUUGAGACUAUUCCUACUCUGGGUAUGGCUGCCGCAUCUGUGCUCUCCAGAGAUAAUGUUCAGAAGGACUCCUGAGCCUCAGCGAAGGGUUUUAGAUGCACGCAGACCAGGGAACGACGGCAAAGUUCUGCAGCGUCAGAAACGUGGCUGGAUGUGGAAUCAGUUUUUCUUACUGGAGGAAUACACAGGAUCGGAUUAUCAGUACGUGGGCAAGCUUCAUUCAGACCAAGAUAAAGGCGAUGGAUCACUCAAGUAUAUUUUAUCUGGAGAUGGAGCUGGCACUCUUUUCAUUAUUGAUGAAAAAACAGGUGAUAUCCACGCCACAAGAAGAAUUGAUAGAGAGGAAAAAGCCUUCUAUACUCUACGUGCACAAGCUAUUAACCGAAGAACUCUGAGGCCGGUAGAACCAGAGUCUGAAUUUGUGAUCAAAAUCCACGACAUCAACGACAAUGAGCCAACAUUUCCAGAAGAAAUUUACACAGCUAGUGUUCCUGAAAUGUCUGUUGUAGGUACUUCCGUGGUGCAAGUCACAGCCACAGAUGCCGAUGACCCUUCCUACGGGAACAGCGCCAGGGUCAUUUACAGCAUUCUGCAAGGGCAGCCGUAUUUCUCUGUGGAGCCAGAAACAGGCAUCAUCAGGACCGCGUUGCCCAACAUGAACAGAGAAAAUAGGGAGCAGUACCAAGUGGUCAUCCAGGCCAAGGACAUGGGAGGCCAGAUGGGGGGCUUGUCGGGGACCACCACGGUGAACAUCACGCUGACGGACGUGAAUGACAAUCCGCCUCGCUUCCCCCAGAAUACUAUCCAUCUUCGGGUUCUAGAGUCCUCCCCUGUUGGCACAGCUGUCGGAAGUGUAAAAGCAACUGACGCGGACACUGGGAAAAAUGCUGAAGUAGAAUACCGCAUUAUUGACGGUGACGGCACGGACAUGUUUGAUAUUGUAACUGAGAAGGACACACAGGAAGGCAUCAUAACUGUAAAAAAGCCGCUUGACUAUGAGAGCCGCAGACUUUAUACUCUCAAGGUGGAAGCAGAAAACACCCACGUAGACCCACGUUUUUAUUACCUGGGACCAUUCAAAGAUACCACAAUUGUGAAAAUCUCUAUAGAAGAUGUAGACGAACCCCCGGUUUUUAGCAGAUCUUCCUAUCUUUUUGAAGUUCAUGAAGAUAUUGAAGUAGGCACAAUAAUUGGCACUGUAAUGGCACGAGACCCGGAUUCUACUUCCAGCCCUAUCAGAUUUUCCUUGGAUCGUCACACUGACCUUGACAGAAUAUUUAAUAUACACUCUGGAAAUGGAUCGCUUUAUACAUCAAAACCACUUGACCGAGAAUUAUCUCAAUGGCAUAAUCUUACUGUUAUAGCUGCUGAAAUCAACAGAAUUCUAGGUUAUUUACAUAAUUUAACAAACGUCUUCACUGCAUCUUUUGUGGAAUUCACUUCUCAGCUUGGUCUCUUAUCUUCCUAUGGGAGCAGGAACAUGUUAGGACUUCUAAUACAGACGAUAAGUGCAGUAGACAAAGAUGACCCUCUAGGUGGACAAAAAUUUUUCUUCAGUUUAGCUGCUGUGAAUCCAAACUUCACAGUACAAGAUAAUGAAGACAACACGGCGAGGAUUUUGACUAGAAAGAAUGGCUUCAACCGACAUGAAAUAAGUACAUAUCUCCUGCCAGUGGUGAUCUCAGACAAUGACUACCCAAUCCAGAGCAGCACAGGCACCUUGACCAUCAGAGUGUGUGCCUGCGACAGCCAGGGCAACAUGCAGUCCUGCAGUGCUGAGGCCCUGCUCCUCCCUGCCGGCCUCAGCACGGGGGCACUCAUUGCCAUUCUCCUCUGCAUCAUUAUUCUGCUGGUGAUAGUAGUCCUGUUUGCAGCUCUAAAGAGGCAGAGGAAGAAAGAGCCUCUGAUCUUAUCCAAAGAAGACAUCAGAGACAACAUCGUGAGCUACAACGACGAAGGCGGCGGCGAGGAGGACACCCAGGCCUUUGAUAUCGGCACCCUGCGGAACCCGGCGGCGAUGGAGGAGAAGCAGCCGCGCCGCGACAUCGCGCCCGAGGCGCUGUUCGUGCCGCGCAGGACUCCCACGGCGCCCGACACCACGGACGUGCGCGACUUCAUCAGCGAGCGGCUCCGCGAGCACGACCUGGACCCCACGGCGCCGCCCUACGACUCGCUGGCCACCUACGCCUACGAGGGCAAUGACUCGGUCGCCGAGUCCCUGAGCUCCUUGGAGUCGGGCACCACCGAAGGAGACCAGAACUACGAUUACCUCCGGGAGUGGGGCCCGCGGUUCAACAAGCUGGCGGAGAUGUACGGCGGCGGGGACAGCGACAAAGACUCCUAA